UUGGGGGCGUGGUUUGUGCUGCUGAGGGGCUGUCGAAGGAGCCACGCCCCCUCCGCCGUAGCCACGCCCACCUCCGCCCUCUCCUUCCGCGCUUUCCGGCCUUUCGCGACGCCACCCGUUGCGACGCUUGGCGGCUCCGCUUUACGGCAGCGCCCGGCGUUGCUGUUGGGGGGGCAAUGACACCAGAGCGGGACCCCCCCUGGGAGGAGGAAGAAGAAGAGAAGGAGGAAGAGGAAGAGGAAAAGGAAGAAGAGGAAGAAAAGGAAGAGGAAGAGGAGGCAGACGAAGGCUCGCAGCCCCCCGAGGGGCCCCCCCCGAAGCGGGUGGUGCCGGGGAUCCUGUACCUCGCUUUCCUGCCCCCCGGCUUCGGGCCCCGGCACGCGCGGGCGCUGUUGGGGGCACACGGCGAGCUGGGACGUGUCUUCCUCCAGCCCCACGGGGGGACCCCGCGCCGCCGCCGCCAUCGCCCGGGGGGUCCGGGGGGGUCUUUUACCGAGGGGUGGGUUGAAUUCCGGGACAAACGGGCGGCCAAGAGGGCGGCGGCGCUGCUGCACGGAGCCCCCAUGGCCCCCCGGCCCCGGAGCCCCUUCCGGCACCACCGCUGGAGCCUCAAGUACCUGCCCGGGUUCCGGUGGCCGCACCUGAGCGAGCGGCUGAGCUGCGAACGCCAAACGCGUUCCCAACGCCUCCGCGCGGAGGUGGCGCAGGCCAAGCGCGAGGGGGGGUUCUACACCAGGGCCCCCCCACGAAAAGAACCCACCUCGAGCCAGGGGGACCCCAAAAACCACCAUUCCCACUCCCCCCCCCGCACUUGGGGUUUCACCCAAAGACCCACAGAAAAAGAAAUUUGGGGGCGUAAAGCGAAGCCCCCCCCGGAGGCGCCCCCGCGACGGCUCUUGGAGAAAGUGUUUGGGGGGGGUGGGGGGUGAGAGCUUAACAAUCCCCCCCAAAAAAUGGACCCCCCAAAAGUGGCCCCAUGACUUCCCCUUCUCAAAAAGGG